GAGCAGGAAUCAGCCAUGCAACUCAGCCCAGAUGCCAAGCUCUGCUCUGGGCCUGUGAUCUGCUGUGAGGAGUCCUGUGGUGACUUCAAGGCUCAUGGAGGAUCUCCUGUUCCUAGGACAGCAGGUCAGUCAGCAAUGGCUGCAGCAGAAAUUCCCAGUUACAUUGUCUCUUCUCAGACUGAGAAACACAGGAGGGCCAGAAACUGGACUGAUGCAGAAAUGAGAGGUUUAAUGCUGGUUUGGGAAGAAUUUUUUGAUGAGCUGAAACAAACUAAAAGGAAUGCCAAAGUUUAUGAGAAAAUGGCUAACAAACUCUUUGAAAUGACUGGAGAAAUUCGCCACGGAGAGGAAAUAAAGAUAAAAAUUACAAAUAUGACAUUCCAGUACAGGAAAUUAAAAUGCAUGACUGACAGUGAAACUGUGGCACCUGACUGGCCUUACUACAAAACCAUUGAUAGGAUCUUAUCCAAAGUGACAGACCACAGCGAUGUGAAAAUGCAUGAAAAUCAGCAGCCAGGUCCUUCUACAUCACAGACAGAGGCCUCGCAAUCUCCAUCAGCCAAGUCCACCCCUCUGUAUUUGCCAUAUAACCAGUUUACAUAUGAAGGAAGGGAAGAAUGCUUUGAAGAUGAACAUUCAGAGAGCUCAUCAAGCUUGCUUUCUUACAAGCUGAGAGCUGAAGAAAGACCAGUUAAGAAAAGAAAAAUGCAAAACUGCAGUUUCCAAAAGAAGAAGCUAAAAUUAAUGGAAGCCAUGUUGGAAGAACAAAAGAAGUUGAGUAGAGCUAUGGAAGAAACCUGUAGAGAAGUGCGCAGGAUCCUGGAUCAGCAGAACAUCAUUCAAGUUCAAAGCUUACAGUUACAGGAGAGAAUGAUGAAUCUACUGGAGAAAAUGAUCUCCAAGUCUAAUGUGUAGUUUCCUUUGUGAAUGCCUCUGAGAUUACUAUUGCUAUUAUAGAUAACCAUUUAUUGCACACCAUAUGUGUGUCUGUUGCCCUAUUCCCAGGUUUUCAAUGGAAAUUAAAACCCUAGUGUAAUCCUAGUUCAGCAAAGAAAACGUAAUGCAGGGUGAGAGCUAUCCAGUAUGAUAAAAUUAGUGCAAUAUAUGCCUAAGUUGAAUUAUUUUUUUACAGAAAGGUUAAGGGAUAAAUAGCUCGGGGAACUGAAGUACUAUUUAUGCCUAAGUCAGGUAUUGUUUUGCAAACAGUGGUGCUGUAUAUUGCUUCACAUCAAGGACUGCAGCUUAAUCUGUUUUAGGAGAAUGAGAUAGUGAAUUUCUAAACAUGAUUAUUGCACCUUGACUUUGCUGAUGAUUAAACCCUGUUUUGAAACAUAUGCCUGAUUGUAUAAGUGACCUAUGGUUCUUGUGAAGAGCUAGUUGGGACCAUGAGAUACAUAAUUUUAAACUCCAUGCCUGAUAUGAAUAGUACUCUGAAGUAUGAGGGUAAAAAUAGUCUAUUCAAAUACAUUUUUUGAUAUAAAAACAAAAGCCCCAAAACACCUUCCUAUAUACUGAAUACUAAAAUGUAUAGAAGAUACUUGAAGUUGCUUUUGAUAUUAAACGUUUAAAUUUUUUUCAUUAUUAACUGGAAUCUGUUGACUUAACAAACAACCAGCAAUGAAAACUUUCAUUUAUUCUCUAUCACAAAAGAAAAGUAUUGUACUGUGUGUAUAUACAUAUAUAUAAUGUCUAUCAAAUGAAAUAAAGAAAAAGAAGAAAC